GCCGCUCCUGAACUUCACCCUGCAACACAUCCAUCUGGGACAGCUGCUGUUCGUCCACAGUGGUGCCAUGUCUGGAGGGUUCAACUUCCAGGUGAACGACGGAGUGAACUUUGCCCCCCGACAGAUCUUCAGCAUCACAGCCAGCGCCCUGGUCCUCAGCCUGGAGAUUAACAGACCUCUCAAAGUGUUCCCAGGCUCUACUACACCAAUCACCAAGGAGGACCUGCAGGCGUUGACCAAUGACAAGAGCGACACAUCCAACCGCACCAUUACCUUCAACGUGAUUCGUCGACCAAAACUAGGCAGACUGGUGACAGUGCUGGCUGAUAAUUUCACUGUUGACAUCUCUUCCUUCACACAGACCAUGGUGGACCAGCGGGAGAUUCUGUACAUCCAGAGUCUUGUGGCGUCGGUUGGCUGGUCCGCUAUGGACUCAAUGACCUUCUCAGUAUCCUCACCUCCAGCUUCCUAG